CAAACAUCUAACAUUGAACAAAUGAAAUCUAUCUAUAUUUUGCCUACAAGUUUCACGAAUUGUUGCUAAUGAUAAUUUUAUGUAAUUUGAUGGUGUCAAUUGUGGAAAUCAGAGCUAAUUAAUAAUUUUGUGGAAAGACAAUUGGUCGCAUUUGCAAAUGGCCAUUGGUUUCUCCGUUUCUCUUUCACACGCAAGGAUCAUGCGCAAGGACAAGGACGACUAUACCGUGACACAUGCGUAAAGGUUAGUUCAUUAGUUAGCCAUCGUUCGUUCGAGAUACAGUGCAUUUUUCGGCGCUGUCGAGUGGUAGUAGUUCCAAAAUUGUCCUCCAACAAUACCGACGACGGCUGAAGAGGAAACAAGCAAAACGAGAGACACAACGGCCGAGCGCCGCCGUUCAACGAACAAUUCCUGAGAGUCAGUUCUUCUUCACAUCCAUUCACGAUGGCGAUGCAACCGCACAGCAAGAAGAGGGUCUGCUAUUACUACGACAGUGAUAUUGGGAAUUAUUACUAUGGCCAAGGACAUCCCAUGAAACCACACCGCAUACGCAUGACGCACAAUCUACUUUUAAAUUAUGGUUUAUAUAGAAAAAUGGAGAUAUAUCGUCCACACAAAGCGACACAAGACGAAAUGACCAAAUUUCAUUCAGAUGACUACAUAAGGUUCCUCCGAUCAAUUCGGCCGGACAAUAUGUCCGAAUACAACAAGCAGAUGCAAAGGUUCAACGUCGGCGAGGAUUGUCCAGUUUUUGAUGGACUCUAUGAAUUCUGCCAAUUAUCCGCUGGUGGUUCGGUGGCGGCAGCAGUCAAAUUGAACAAGCAAGCAUCAGAGAUAUGCAUCAAUUGGGGCGGUGGAUUGCACCAUGCCAAGAAGUCUGAGGCUUCUGGGUUCUGUUACGUAAACGACAUAGUACUCGGCAUCUUGGAGCUGCUGAAGUAUCACCAAAGAGUUCUGUACAUUGACAUCGACGUGCACCAUGGCGAUGGCGUCGAAGAAGCCUUCUACACUACGGAUAGAGUUAUGACUGUUUCAUUCCACAAAUAUGGCGAAUAUUUCCCCGGCACCGGUGAUUUGAGAGACAUUGGUGCUGGUAAAGGCAAAUAUUACGCUGUAAACAUCCCGCUGAGGGACGGCAUGGACGACGAGUCGUACGAAAGCAUAUUCGUGCCAAUCAUCAGCAAAGUCAUGGAAACCUUCCAACCUAGCGCGGUUGUUCUGCAAUGCGGCGCCGAUUCGCUGACGGGCGACAGGCUGGGAUGUUUCAAUCUGACGGUGAAAGGGCACGGCAAGUGCGUGGAAUUCGUCAAGAAGUACGGUCUUCCAUUUAUGAUGGUUGGCGGUGGUGGUUAUACCAUCAGGAACGUUUCGAGAGCAUGGACGUACGAAACGUCGGUCGCUCUUGGUGUGGAGAUUGCUAACGAACUGCCCUACAAUGAUUACUUUGAAUACUUCGGGCCCGAUUUCAAGUUACAUAUCAGUCCCAGCAACAUGGCUAACCAAAACACACCCGAAUAUCUGGAGAAGAUCAAGACGAGACUGUUCGAGAACUUGAGGAUGUUGCCUCAUGCCCCAGGUGUUCAAGUACAAAAUAUCCCUGAAGACGCUAUCAAUGAAGACUCCGACACAGAGGAUAAGGUUGACAAGGAUGAGAGACUGCCGCAGAAGGACCUAGACAAGAGGAUCACCCCGGAAAAUCAAUUUUCUGACAGCGAAGAUGAAGGGGAGGGCGGUCGACGUGAUAACAGAAGUUACAAGGGAAGAAAGAGGCCGCGGUUAGAGAAGGGCGACAAUAAGGAUGCCAGUGCGGAGGACAAGAACAGCAAAGAUGAGCUGAAACCCGAGAAAGUUGAAGAAAAGGAUGAGAAACCUUCCAGCACGGAGGACGCAAAAAAGGAUAGUGGAUCGACGCCGUGACACAGUCAAUCGCAACAUUCUAAAUAUAAGUGACAUUUUUAGAUAAGUGUUAUACUAAAAGAAAUGAUAUAUUAUAAGAAAUUGUUCUUAAUAUUGGCAUCUUGU